UCCGAGGCCCCGCCUCCCGUCGUCACCUCCUUCCCCCUCAGCUCAAUAGGCUGCGUUCUUUUGGAACGCACGCAGAUCGGGGUUCUGGUGACUCUCUCCGCGUUCGGUCCUCUGUCCUUUCGCUCACCCACCGCCGUAGCCGGCAGACCCACCCCCUCCUGUGCCAGGAACGUGCUGUCACUGGCACCAUGCCCUACCCAUACCCAGCACUAACCCCGGAGCAGAAGAAGGAGCUGUCUGACAUCGCUCACCGAAUUGUGGCUCCGGGCAAGGGCAUCCUGGCUGCAGAUGAGUCCACUGGAAGCAUUGCUAAGCGGCUGCAGUCCAUUGGCACUGAGAACACCGAAGAGAACAGGCGCUUCUACCGCCAGCUGCUGCUAACUGCUGAUGACCGUGUGAACCCCUGCAUUGGGGGGGUGAUCCUCUUCCACGAAACACUCUACCAGAAGGCGGAUGAUGGACGUCCCUUCCCCCAAGUUAUCAAGUCCAAGGGCGGUGUUGUGGGCAUUAAGGUAGAUAAAGGCGUGGUGCCCCUGGCAGGAACCAAUGGUGAGACCACCACCCAAGGGCUGGAUGGGCUGUCAGAACGCUGUGCCCAGUAUAAGAAGGAUGGAGCUGACUUUGCCAAAUGGCGCUGUGUGCUCAAGAUUGGGGAGCAUACUCCUUCAGCCCUUGCCAUCAUGGAAAAUGCCAAUGUUCUGGCCCGUUAUGCCAGCAUCUGCCAGCAGAAUGGCAUUGUACCCAUUGUGGAGCCUGAAAUCCUUCCUGAUGGAGACCAUGACCUAAAGCGCUGCCAGUAUGUAACUGAGAAGGUACUGGCUGCUGUGUACAAGGCUCUGAGUGACCACCAUGUCUAUCUGGAAGGCACACUGCUGAAGCCCAACAUGGUCACCCCAGGCCAUGCUUGUACCCAGAAGUAUUCCAAUGAGGAGAUUGCCAUGGCAACUGUCACAGCCCUGCGUCGCACAGUGCCCCCUGCUGUCACUGGAGUCACUUUCCUGUCUGGAGGGCAGAGCGAGGAAGAGGCGUCCAUCAACCUCAAUGCCAUCAACAAGUGCCCACUGCUGAAGCCAUGGGCCUUGACUUUCUCUUACGGCCGGGCCCUGCAGGCCUCUGCUCUGAAGGCCUGGGGCGGAAAGAAGGAGAACCUGAAGGCUGCCCAGGAGGAAUACAUCAAGCGAGCCCUGGCCAACAGCCUUGCUUGUCAAGGAAAGUACACCCCAAGUGGUCAAUCUGGAGCCGCAGCCAGCGAAUCUCUCUUCAUCUCUAACCAUGCCUACUAAGCAGAGGUGAUCCAAGGCUGCCCCAUCAACACUCCAGGCCCCCGCCUACCCACUUGCUUUUGAAGAGGGGGCCUUCAGGCUUUCCCAUCCAUCACUCUUGCUGCCCUUGUGACUGGUGUGGUGUUGUCUGCGAAUGCUAAUUCUGCCAUCCCUUCCAGCCCACUGCCAAUAAACAACUAUUUAAGGGCGA